CUCAGUGAAGAUGACGUCGUAUUUAGUGUCGCUUAUAAGCGUCAUAAAAUUUCUAUGUCGCUUUUAAACCGACGUAAAAAUUUAGUGUCGCUUAUAAUCGACAUAUAUUUUAAUAUUUUUAAGCAAUGGCGUCGCUUUAAAUAAAAUAGUGUCGCUUUUAAGCGACAUAAACUAUUAGUGUCGCUUCUAGGCGACACUAAUUCUUGUUUUUAAUAUUUUAAAUCUUGCGUCGGUUUUGAGCGACAUAUAUUUUGAAAACCAGUGUCGGUUGUAAGCGACACAUUGUUGCUCUUUAUACCCUCUCCCCCGUGUUUUCUUUUUCUUCUCUUGCACUUUUCUUAUUCGUUCUUCCAAUUUUUACAAAGUCUCCCGUGUUCCUCUUUCAGCUAUCUCCUUUGGUUUGCAAACUUCAUUUGUUCCUCUGUUCUCUCUUUCAGCUUUCUCCUUUGAUUUUCAAAAUUCAUUUGUUCCUCUUCACAACAGUAAGUUUUUCUUGCUUAUAAUAUUUUUAUUUUCACAACAGUAAGUUUUUCUUGUUUAAUUUUUAGUUACAAUUUAUUUUUGUAGGAAAGUUAUUGGAGUUGGUUGAGUACAUAAAGAAUUGUUGACGUCGAAAUUCUUCAACAAAUCAGGUGUUGAAAAUUAAAAGAUUGCAAUCGUGAUAGAGUUCGAGGGGUGAAAGAUAGAAAUUGAAAAUUUUGAUAGUUAUGCCUACAUGAUAGGGAUUGAAAGAUUGUAGGCAUCUUAGUGUCAACAUAAUAUUUUACCUUCGUAAAGUGGUAAAAUAUGGACAAGAGUUGGUUGACAAUACCCCGAAAUUUUGAAGCGUAUACAACUGGAAUUAAUUUGUUUUUGGAUCAAGCAGUUGCAAAUGGUGUUGGUCCUGAUAAGUUUAGAUGUCCUUGCAAAAGAUGUUGUAAUCGAUAUUCUUUUGUUAGGAACACCAUUGUUGAACAUCUCAUAUUGUAUGAUAUGGAUAAAGAUUAUAAAAACGCUUGUUGGCGACAUCAUGGCGAGCAAAACAUUGGAGAGCAAAAUGUGGGAAUUGGAGAAGAAGAAACAGGAGAUGAGGUGAUUGGCAUGCAUGAUUUUCUUAAUGAUGUAUUUGUCCAACCAUUAACAGAAGAAGGUGUUGGGCCAUCUACUGAACCCCCUAUUGGGGAAGGGCGUCCAGAAGAGGUGCAGACUUUUUUUAAGUUGCUUGAAGAGGCAGAUCAAGAUUUGUGGCCAGGUUGUAAGGAGUUUAAGAAAUUGGAAGCAGUUGUAAGAUUGUAUCAGAUCAAGUGUUUAGCGGGAAUGCCUGACGAGAUCUUCACCACUUUACUGGAGUUAAUUAAAAGAAUGUUGCCUGAAGGGGAUUGUUUGCCUGAAUCCUGUUAUAAAGCAAAAAAACUUAUAAAUGACUUGGGGCUGUCGUAUGUGAAAAUUGAUGCAUGUCCCAAUGAUUGCAUGAUCUAUUGGAAAGAUACUUCAGAUUUGACCGUGUGCUCAGUUUGUGGUAAAUCAAGAUAUAAAAUUACCGAUGCAGAGGAUAGCUCGAGGAAAAAGGUCGCAGCUAAGGUUAUGUGGUAUUUUCCUUUAAAACCACGAUUGCAACGCUUUUUUAUGUCGAAGCAUAUGGCUGAACAUAUGAGAUGGCAUGCAACUGAAUGUCCUAAGGAUGAGUUUAUGAGACAUCCUUCAGAUUCUCCCGCAUGGAAGCAUUUGGAUAAUUUAUAUCCGGAUUUUGCGUCAGAAAUUCGAAAUGUCCGAUUAGGGUUAGCCAGUGAUGGAUUUAAUCCUUUUGGGAAAAUGAGGAAUGAUCAUAGCACAUGGUCUGUGGUGCUUUCUGUUUAUAAUUUGCCACCUUGGAUGUGCAUGAAGCAACCAAAUUUGUUAUUGUCUUUGUUAAUACCAGGACCGCGCAGUCCUGGUAAAGAGAUUGAUGUAUACAUGCGUCCAUUGAUUGACGAGCUGAAUGAGUUGUGGGAGGUGGGCAUUCCCACUUAUGAUGCGUUUUCCAACCAAAGUUUUACGAUGAAGGCUGCCGUGUUAUGGACCAUAAGUGAUUUUCCGGCUUAUGGAAUGUUGUCAGGAUGGAGUACACAUGGUUAUAAAGCUUGUCCACAUUGCAUGCAUGAUAAAGAAUCUACUUACUUGCCAGCGAGUCGCAAGAUUUGUUAUAUGGGGCAUCGACGAUUUCUUGAAGAUAAUCAUAGGUUUUGA